AUGAGCCAAAAUUUAAAAGUACAAACAUCCAAAUUGGAUCCGAAUGCGAAGGAGUACCUUCCACCUUCAAAUGCGGUACUCUCUGAAGUUAAAUUGGAGGUGACAGGCCUCAUAGAAGAUUCAAUAAAUGAUGAUCGAAGAUCUUCCGACAACAUUGAAAGGGCAAGAACUGUCGAUGCGGAGGGCGACGCGGAUGGAGCGAGAAAUAGCCCUGAGUCUCCUGUGCCACCUAAUCCGGAAUUUUCUGCUGCUAGUGUUGUCCGCUUCCUGGGCCUUCUGAUACGAUUCUCGUAUUCUGAGGACCGAGCUGAUCUGCCCCCACCUCUGUUGCCCUGUACUGAUUUAUGCCGAAUAACCGGUCGAAGCCUCUUAUUGCUAUUGAAUGCGCCCCGUCCCACUCUUCAAGAAAUCGAGAAGAUGGAGGGUGGCCUAUCAGGAAUACCUAACGAUCAGGUUCAGGAGGCCCCGUCGCAUGAUUUCCUUUCUGAACUCCUGGACACUAUGACAGCCUGCCUUCCCAGAAUCUUAUUGCUAUUAGACGAACCAGAUUAUCUUUCUGCUCCUUGGAGUCAAGCUUUCGGACACGACCAGAUGUACAAAGGAAAUUUUGAUGAAGCACUUAAUAGUGGGACUAGCCAAAAAAUUACCGUUAAUUUACUUUGUAGCUUAUUGUGUGACAUCCUAAAAUUGUCCAGAUAUUUGCUCGUUACGGGACAUCUGCCCGGGUCAAUCAGCCUUAGAAAUUAUAUUUUAGAUCUUCUACUCCAAGCUCAUCAUAGCCUGUCCAUCAGUCGCCUUCAGAAUGAGUACAAAGCCAUCGAUGAGCAGAAUCAUAGCAAUGAAGCGAGCGAGGGAUUAACCAACUUGGAAGAAGAGGGGGAUGAAGUCGAGGGGGCAUUUAUGGAGUUUCUGAAGGAGACUAACCAAGUCUGA